ACUACGCCAUUGCGAACAUUCCGUUCAAUUUUUACACCUCCUCGGAGAUGCUGCAGAAAGUGAUGGAGAAACCAUUGGAGAAGAAAGCUGGACGGAACUAUGGUCCGCCCGGUAGCAAGACUCUAAUUUACUUCAUCGACGAUAUGAACAUGCCGGAAGUAGACGCUUACGGCACUGUCCAGCCGCACACGCUGAUUCGACAACAUCUCGACUACAACCAUUGGUACGAUCGGAACAAGCUAACGCUCAAAGACAUCCACAAUUGUCAGUACGUAUCCUGCAUGAACCCUACUUCCGGCAGUUUCACCAUCAAUCCCCGGCUACAGCGACACUUUUGCGUGUUCGCGGUCAGCUUCCCCGGUUCCGACGCCGUUACAACGAUCUAUCAUUCGAUUUUAGUUCAGCAUUUUACGAAUGCUGAGCAAAAGUUCAACAUAGCCGUCACGAAAAUAUCACAAAAUAUUGUCGCAGCAAGUUUGGCAUUACACACUAAAGUGGCACAAGUGUUUUUACCGACGGCCAUCAAGUUUCACUAUGUCUUCAAUCUGCGCGACUUGACGAACGUGUUUCAGGGGCUGCUAUUUAGCACCAAUGAUUGUUUGGUUUCGUCGAGCGAUUUCAUCCGACUGUGGCUUCAUGAGACCCAACGCGUGUAUGGCGACAAAUUGCUAGACGACAAAGAUAUUGACAGUUUCACCAAAAUGCAAAACGAUCUCGUUAAAAAAUCCUUCGAAGAGAUCGACGAAUCGAUCGUCUUCGAUAAGCCCAAUAUUUACUGCCACUUUGCUGGCGGUAUUGGUGAACCUAAGUACAUGCCCAUUACCGACUGGGGCGUGCUGACUAAGCUUCUGCAGGAAGCGAUGAUGUCGUACAACGAUCUCAUUUCGGCCAUGAACUUGGUGCUCUUUGAAGACGCCAUGAUGCACGUGUGCAGAAUCAACCGAAUAUUGGAGUCGCCUAGAGGUAGCGCCCUGCUGGUUGGUGUUGGUGGCAGUGGCAAACAAUCCCUGAGUCGAUUGGCCGCCUUCAUCUCCAGUUUGGAAGUUGCUCAAAUUCAACUAAAAAAAGGCUACAGUGUCCUCGAUUUAAAGAACGAGCUGUCGGGACUGUAUCUGAAAGCAGGAAUGAAAAAUGUCGGCAUUAUGUUCCUCAUGACAGACGCACAGAUAUCGAACGAGAUCUUCCUAGUCAUAAUCAAUGAUUUGCUUUCUUCGGGUGAAAUACCGGAUCUGUUCCCGGACGACGAGGUAGAAAACAUCAUAUCCGGCGUGCGAAACGAAGUCAAGGGUGCUGGAUUGGUGGAUUCGCGCGAAAACUGUUGGAAGUUCUUCAUCGAUCGCGUGCGACGACAGCUGAAAGUGGUGCUUUGCUUCUCGCCGGUCGGAGUUACCCUCCGUGUACGUUCACGCAAAUUCCCCGCCAUCAUCACGUGCACUCAGAUCAACUGGUUCCACGAAUGGCCACAGGAAGCCUUAAUGUCGGUGUCGUUGAGGUUCUUACAGGAGUUGACAGUUUUACCUGUUGAGUGCAGGGAUUCGAUUGCACGCUUUAUGGCGUACGUACAUACCUCCGUCAAUUCGAUGUCGAAGGUCUACCUUCAGAACGAGCGGCGGUACAACUAUACCACGCCCAAGUCAUACCUGGAGCAGAUCAGCCUGUACGACAAACUGCUCAAAGAAAAGCAUGGCGAGUUGCGCAAAAAAGUUGAACGUCUGGAGAAUGGUUUGGAGAAGCUAAGAAACACCGCUGACCAAGUGGCGGCCCUCAAGCAGAAGUUAGCCGUCCAGGAGAUUGAGUUGAAAGAGAAAAAUGAUGCAGCCGACGCGUUGAUCGAAAUUGUCGGCAUAGAGACGGAAAAGGUGCAGACGGAGAAAGCGAUCGCUGACGAAGAGGAACAGAAGGUGGCUAUCAUCGCUGAAGAGGUCGCCAAAAAGCAACGUGAUUGUGAGGAAGAUUUAGUCAAAGCUGAACCAGCUUUGCUAGCAGCUCAGGAAGCCUUAAACACGCUCAACAAGGCCAACCUGACUGAGCUGAAAUCGUUCGGUUCCCCGCCGGGUGUGGUGACGAAUGUCACCGCCGCUGUCAUGGUAUUGUUGGCACCAAAUGGGAAAAUCCCUAAGGAUCGGAGCUGGAAAGCAGCAAAAAUAACGAUGGCUAAGGUUGAUACGUUCUUAGAUGCGUUGAUCAACUACGAUAAGGAACAUAUACAUCCGGAAAUCAUAAAGGCUAUUCAGCCGUAUUUAAAAGAUUCCGAAUUUGAGCCCGACUUUGUACGUUCCAAAUCUGCUGCUGCAGCCGGCCUUUGUGCCUGGGUUAUCAACAUUAUCAAAUUUUACGACGUUUAUUGCGAUGUGGAGCCAAAGCGACGGGCUUUGGCGGCUGCGAACGCUGAGCUUACGGCUUCACAGGAAAAAUUGGCCAACAUAAAGAGAAAAGUUGCUUCCCUCGAGGAGCAACUGGCAAAACUAACAGCCGACUUCGAGAAAGCAACUGCUGAUAAAUUACGCUGUCAGCAGGAAGCCGAUGCCACACAAGCCACUAUCCAGCUAGCAAACCGGCUUGUCGGAGGGUUGGCUAGUGAAAAUGUUCGUUGGGCUGAAGCAGUUGCAGAGUUCAUGCAACAAGCCACUACGCUCCCGGGAGACAUUUUACUCGUAACGGCCUUUAUUUCCUAUGUCGGUUGUUUCACCAAGCAAUUCCGACUGGACAUGAUGAAUAAGAUGUGGCUCCCGUUCUUGCGAGCACUGGAACCACCCGUUCCCAUUACCGACAGUCUUGAUCCGUUGCGUUUGCUCACUGAUGACACUCAAAUCGCUACAUGGCAAAAUGAAGGACUCCCAAGCGAUCGGAUGUCGAUUGAAAACGCCACUAUUUUGAGCAACUCGGACCGCUGGCCAUUGAUGAUCGAUCCACAGUUACAGGGUAUCAAAUGGAUCAAGCAAAAGUAUGGCGAUGUGUUGAAAGUUAUACGCUUAGGUUCGAAGGGAUACCUGGAGGUACUAGAAAAAGCGCUUGCCAAAGGCAGUACGGUAUUGAUUGAAAACAUCAGCGAAAAUGUUGAUCCAGUGCUGGACUCUUUGCUUGGACGCAAUCUCAUCAAAAAGGGACGUGCGAUCAAAAUCGGAGACAAAGAGGUCGAGUACAAUCACAAAUUUAGACUUAUCCUGCACACUAAAUUGGCUAAUCCGCAUUACAAGCCGGAGAUGCAAGCGCAAACUACUUUGAUCAACUUUACCGUCACCAGAGACGGCCUAGAGGAUCAGCUGUUGGCAGAGGUGGUUAAGGCCGAACGACCUGACCUGGAGGAAUUGAAGGCAGAUCUAACCAAGCAACAGAAUGACUUUAAAAUUAUGCUCAAACGGCUAGAGGACGAUUUGCUAUCGCGUUUGUCAUCGGCCGGCGGUAACAUUCUUGGCGACACUGCGCUGGUGGAAAAUCUCGAGACGACCAAGAAGACGGCAGCAGAAAUUGAGGAGAAAGUGUCUGAAGCCAAAGUCACCUCCAAGGAGAUCGACGAAGCGCGUGAACACUACCGACCGGCAGCGGCCCGGGCCAGCUUGUUGUACUUCAUUCUAAAUGAUCUGAACACCAUCAAUCCCAUUUACCAGUUUUCGCUCAAAGCAUUCAGUGUUGUGUUUCAAAAGGCCAUUUCAAAAGCGGACUCAGCGGAGGAAGUGCCAGUGCGUGUGCGAAAUUUGAUCGAUUGUAUUUCCUUCUCCGUGUUUCAGUACACUACGCGCGGGUUGUUCGAAUGUGACAAGUUGAUUUUCAUGUCCCAGAUGACAUUUCAGAUUCUACUGAUAAACGAGGAAAUUACCCCAGCUGAGUUGGACUUCCUGCUGCGUUUUCCGAUCAAACCGCAUGUGACAUCGCCGGUGGAUUUUCUUACAAAUACUGCCUGGGGAGGGAUUUGCAGUUUGGCAUCAAAGGAUGAAUUUAGAAAUCUCGAUCGUGAUAUUGAAACAUCCUCCAAGCGCUGGAAAAAACUCAUCGAAUCGGAAUGUCCGGAAAAGGAAAAGUUCCCCCAAGAGUGGAAGAACAAAACUGCACUUCAGCGCUUGUGUAUGAUGCGCGCCUUGCGUCCAGAUCGCAUGACCUAUGCCAUGACAGAUUUCAUUGAGGAAAAACUCGGAGCAAGAUACGUGGAGAAUCGAACGAUGGAGUUUGCCAAAUCGUUCGAAGAAACCAGCCCUUCGACACCGAUAUUCUUCAUCCUGUCUCCCGGCGUUAAUCCUCUCAAGGAUGUAGAAACGCUGGGGAAACAAUUGGGCUAUUCGGCGGAUAAUGGUAACUUCUAUAAUGUAUCGCUAGGUCAGGGCCAGGAAGUGGUAGCCGAGUCCGCUAUGGACAAAGCAGCAUCUUCCGGUCACUGGGUUAUUUUGCAAAACAUUCAUCUGGUUAAAAAGUGGCUGCCAGCGUUAGAAAAGAAGCUGGAGUUUUAUUCCGAAGGAUCGCACGAUAACUAUCGUGUGUUUAUGAGUGCGGAGCCGGCUGCUACAGCAUCGGCUCACAUCAUUCCGCAGGGUAUUCUGGAGUCGUCGAUUAAAAUCACCAACGAACCGCCAACCGGAAUGCAGGCAAACAUACACAAAGCUCUGGACAACUUUACACAGGAAACACUCGAAAUGUGUGGCAAGGAGGCAGAAUUUAAAGUGAUCUUGUUUUCUCUCUGCUACUUCCACGCAGUCGUUGCGGAGAGACGCAAGUUUGGACCGCAAGGAUGGAACAAAAUUUAUCCCUUCAAUGUAGGUGAUCUUAACAUCUCGGUGUCCGUGCUCUACAACUACCUAGAGGCUAACACCAAAGUACCCUGGGAGGAUCUGCGCUACCUGUUCGGAGAAAUCAUGUACGGUGGGCAUAUCACGGACGAUUGGGAUCGGCGCACGUGUAUUACAUAUCUGGAGGAGCUGAUGCAGCCAGAUCUGGUCGAUGGAGAGCUGUUCCUGGCGCCGGGAUUCGCCGCACCUCCCAACACUGACUAUGCCGGUUACCAUGCGUACAUCGACGAAGCUAUGCCUCCGGAAUCACCUUAUCUCUAUGGGCUUCAUCCUAAUGCAGAAAUCGGCUUCCUAACUACCACGUCGGAGAACCUCUUCCGCACGGUGUUUGAGAUGCAGCCCCGUGACGCAGGAUCGGGAUCCGGCACCACCGUUACCCGGGAAGACAAAGUGAAACAGGUGCUGGAUGAAAUCAUGGAGAAGCUACCGGAAGAAUUUAACAUGGCGGAAAUCAUGGGCAAAGUUGAAGAGCGCACGCCUUACGUAAUCGUAGCAUUUCAAGAGUGCGAACGUAUGAACUACCUUACCGGUGAGAUAAAGAGAAGCUUGAAAGAACUUGACCUUGGUAUGAAGGGCGAACUCACCAUCACGUCCGAUAUGGAAGAACUGGAGAAUUCUCUCUUCCUUGAUCAGGUGCCUGCCGUAUGGGCUUCUCGUGCUUAUCCUUCGCUGUUAGGCCUCACCGGGUGGUUCGUGGAUUUGCUACUUCGUUUGCGUGAGCUGGAAACCUGGUCGGCGGACUUUGUGCUGCCCAUUUCGGUAUGGUUGGCCGGAUUUUUUAAUCCCCAGUCACUGUUAACAGCCAUCAUGCAGUCGACGGCCCGUAAGAACGAACUACCGCUAGACAAGAUGUGCCUGCACUGUGACGUGACCAAAAAGCAAAAGGACGACUUCUCUGCCGGUCCUCGCGAAGGCGCGUACGUUCAUGGUAUAUUUAUGGAGGGUGCUCGGUGGGACGUACAGCAGAGCAUUAUUAUGGAAUCGAAAUUGAAGGAACUGUAUCCCCAAAUGCCGGUCAUAAACAUUAGGGCACUCACCCAGGACAAACAGGAUCUACGUAACAUGUAUGAAUGUCCGGUCUACAAAACCAGGACACGUGGCCCAACGUACAUUUGGACGUUUAACCUUAAAACCAAGGACAAACCAGCCAAAUGGACCCUCGCUGGAGUUGCUUUACUGUUACAAGUUUAAUUGUGUGAUUGCGUUGUUGUACUAUAUUUUAAAAACGGUUUUCUGUGUACUUUUUUGCACCUGUAGCAAUUGUUUGGCGUUUUCUUUGUGACAUAUAAAUAAUCAAUAACUAGGAAUAGUAAUUAUUAAUACUUUAUCAAUAAAUUAGAGCACCUACAGCACUGAACCAAAUAACAUCUUAUUAUUAUUAUAUAUUAUCCAAUAUGGAGUUUUAUGAGCAAUUUACAACAUUUUAUUUUAAGAUACAAUUAUAGAGUUUUAAAUGGUCAAAAUAUGCAAUGCAGGUACUUUGCAAACAUUAAUUUGGAAUGAUUCCCUCUCAAGUUCAAUUCAAGCUAAAAUUUAAUUUAUAUAUUUGACUGUAGGAAGAAAAACACAUUAUCUACAUUAUGAGUAAAUGAUGAUUAUGAAUCAUUAUUAUUAGGAAUUAUUGACCGCC